UCCCACUCAACUCUCAUCACACUGUGUUCUUUAUUUUCGUUUGUGAUCACCAAGUUUUGAUUUUUCCUUUUAAGGGAAAAAAAAGGAAAUUUGUUGAAUACUUAUCUCCAUGGUUUUCUCUUCAGUUCCUGUGUUUCUUGAUCCACCCAAUUGGCCUUCUCAGCAACCAAAUCACCUCCAAGGAAGUGGCUGUGAGACUAAUAACGGCCAACACCUUCCGCCGACGCCACCGCCAGCUGCAGCUGGCGGUGGCGGAGGUGGGGGUGGAGGUGGUGUACCUAGCUCGAUCCGACCUGGGUCGAUGACGGAUCGAGCUAGGUUGGCGAAGAUACCGCAACCAGAAGCGGGGUUAAAAUGCCCUAGAUGUGAGUCAACCAACACGAAGUUUUGUUACUUCAACAACUAUAGCCUCACUCAGCCGCGCCAUUUUUGCAAGACCUGUCGUCGGUACUGGACAAGAGGUGGGGCGAUGAGGAAUGUACCGGUUGGGGGCGGGUGUCGGCGGUCAAGUAAGAGAAGCAGCAAAGGAGGGAGUAACCGGUCGAAAUCUCCGGCGGGUUCGAGUACUUCAACGAGCACAGUGUCAUCAAACAGUUGCACAACAGAUAUCAUUAGCCAUCAAUUAGGUCCUCCUCCGCCAACCCAUUUCCCCUUUUUGGCUCCAAAUUUACACAAUCUGAGUGAUUUUGGGAACAUUGGGUUGAACUUCGAAGGCCUUCAAAUCCCCAAUUCAUCAGGAGGAGAAUCAACAAUUUUAUCAAGUGGAAUCACGGAUCAUAACCAAUGGAAAAUACCCUUUUUUGCAAAUCUACAUCAACAAAAUGGGAUGUAUUCAAAUUUCAUGGCUGAUGAUCAUCAUCAUCAUCAACAACAACCAGCUGAUAUCUCAAAGCCAUUACUGGACAAUGGGUUUAGUACCACAACUCAUCUGUUGGGUACCACUAAUAGCAGCAUGAAACUCAUGGAGGAUACUCAAGGGAUUAACAAUUUUUCAAGAAAUUUUCUGGGAAUUCAACCAAAUGAUCAGUUCUGGAAUUCAAUUACAAGCACAGCACCUGGGAACAUUGCUUGGACAGAUCAAAUUUCAGAUCAUUUCAAUUCAACUUCUUCCACUACCCAUCUCUUAUGAUUUUGGAAGGGUAAGAAGGUGGAUGAAUUUCAGCAUUAGGAACAAAAAUUAUUAUGAUAGGCUAUUUUUUUUUCUUGAUUCAUUCAAAUUUGGGGUUUAAUUUAGGAACUUUGUAAUAUGUGCAUUCAAAAGUUUGAUAUUAUCUGACUUGAGAAGAGAGCUAAUAUUGUAUAAUCUCUCUGUGAAAUCAAAUGAAUGAUGAUCCACUGCUCUUUUUAGAAC